AUGCGAGAUCUGCCUAGUGACAAGAUCAAGCAGAUCUGCGUACUCGUCACAGAGGACGAGAACGUCGCCGAUAUUCGGUCGGCACAAGUUAUUUAUGAGAGCGAACAGGUUCUCAGUAGCUCAUCGAUGGACGAGAGUGUUCUCGAUGAGAAGACUCGGAUUGAGCGAUACACGUCUCAAUCUUUGGAGUCUUUGAAGACAAAUCCUAUGCAAAAGGAUUUGGUGGAAUUCAAGGAUGUUUUCCCCGAGAUCCGUGCCAUGCGAGUUGUCUAA